AGUUAAGUUAUGUCGGUGUCGGAUGUCAAACUUGGGAUUGUGAGGCUUGGUAAGGCUGCUGGAAAGACAAAAUACACGAUACUAGAUGAAGAGGAUAUAUCACUGGUUGAACAAUAUGCAUUUGAACCACGUAUGGAAGUAGACCAAGAUGGGAACGGGGCAAAGGUGUACGCUUAUGCUUACAAACUAUCAAAGGGGAGAACAAGCGCCAGGCUUGUGCAUAACAUUCUGUGGGAGAAACACAGAGGUGGCGUGGCUUAUGGGUUUAAGGUUGAACAUAAGAAUGGGAUAACUGUGGACAACAGGCUCGAGAAUUUGUGCCUUGUUCGAGACACAAAUUGUUCGGAUGACGAACCACAAGAGGGAGUGAGUGGAAGUGACCCAUCUUUAUACUACCUGGCCAUCCAGCAACUCCCUAAUGAUCCAAUAGAUGAACAAUUCCCAGGGUUAAUGGCCACACACUUUUACAAGUCUAAUGGUGAAAUGGUCAGUAAUGACGACGAAACACAAAGUUUUUAUGAAUGUCACUACCCACCAUGCACUAAGAUAGAAAGAGAGUUCCGAGGUUUUAGCGUAUGUGGCCACUGCCAGCUUGUUCGAUAUUGCGGUUACACAUGCCAGCAGAAGGAUUGGGCGGCCCACAAGAAGCAUUGUCGACAUAAAAAACAAAACCUGCCGCGUUUUUGCUACUCCCCUGAACGGUAACAAUCCACACGAGGUGCAAGAGAGCUCCCACAAUGAAAUGUUUGUUUUAUAUCGUGUUUGAUAAACUCCCUCAAGAAAAUGUACAUUUAAAACUAAGUAAUACAUUAUCUUGGUCAUAUUAGCUCACAAUAUGAGCGGAUUGCAUUUAAGUGAAGCAAUCGCAAUAAACGGGAAAU